AUGCUCGCCCGCACCCUCCGCGUCGCGGGCGCAAGUCCCGGCUCCGCCGCCGCCGCCGCCGCCGCCGCCGCACGCGCUCAUCAACAACAGCAGCUCCGAACAGCAUGCUCCUCCUCCUCCUCCUCCGCCGGCCCCGAAACCCUCCCCUCGAGCCCCAUACGCGUCUUCCGCUCCGUCUCGGCCCUCCGCACCUGGCGCCGUCCGCACGUCGUAAACUACCGCUCCGUCGGCCUCGUCCCGACGAUGGGCGCCCUGCACGAGGGUCACCUCUCGCUUAUCCGCGCCGCCGCCCGCGAGAACCACCACGUCGUCGUCUCCCUCUACGUCAACCCGGCCCAGUUCGGCGCCUCCGAGGACCUGGCCUCGUACCCCGUCACCUGGGCUCGCGACGCCGACGUCCUGCGUAACCUCGACCGCGAGCUGGCGGACGACGGUGCCAACCUCGGCCGCGUCAGCGCCGUCUUCGCGCCCACCACGGCCGAGAUGUACCCCUCGGGCUUCCCCGGCCAGGAAGUCGGCAGCAAGGGCAGCUUCGUGACCAUCACCCCUGUCGGCGAAGUCCUCGAGGGCGCCAGCCGGCCGACUUUCUUCCGCGGCGUCGCGACGGUGUGCAUGAAGCUGUUCAACAUCGUCCAGCCCGAACGCGUCUACUUCGGCCAGAAGGACGUCCAGCAGACCGUCAUCAUCCGCCGCAUGGUCGAGGACUUCAUGCUGCCGAUGGAGGUUGUCGUCGGGGACACGAUGCGCGAAGCGGACGGCCUCGCGCUAAGCUCGCGCAACGUGUACCUCGGCGAGCGGAGGCGCAAGGUCGCGACGGUGCUGAGCCGCGCCCUCAGGGCGGCCGAGGAAAAAUAUCGGCAAGGCGCGCUCGGCCGCGAGGCGAUCCUUGGCGCCGCGAACCAGGUCGCCGCCGCCGUUCUGUCGGAGCAGUCGAGGCUGGCGCCCAAGGACAGGGUCAUGUUCGAGGUAGACUACAUCUCGCUGGCGGACCCGGACUCCAUGCAGGAGAUCAACACGGUCGUGCCGACAAAGGGCGGGAUCCUCAGCGGCGCGGUCAAGAUGCUGCCGGUGGAGGAGCCGCAGCCGGGCGAGGACCUUGGCCACAGCAACGGACCGGCGGUACGACUUAUCGACAACAUCAUUCUCAAGCCCGACCAAACGCCCAGUAAAUAA